AUGCUGGAACCCAAAGUAGCUCAGAUACAGACUCAAAUUGAGCCCUGUCCAAAACCCAAUGUAGACUUCAGUCAGUCUGCAUUGGACAGUGCAGAACGGACUCAGCUAGAGACUCUGAUUUACAAAUAUUCAGAUGUUUUCAGUGCAAAUGAGUAUGACUAUGGUCGUACUGAUUUGGUCAAGCACACCAUCCGUACUGGGGAUGCACAGCCCAUUAGGCAGAGGGCUUACAGAACAUCGCCACAUGUUCGAGCUGAGAUAGACAGGCAAGUUCAGCAGCUCCUUUCCAAUGAUGUAAUUGAGGAAAGUUGUAGUCCCUGGGCUUCUCCUGUUGUCUUAGUGAAGAAGAAAGAUGGCAGUUAUAGAUUCUACUCUUACCCCUUACCUCGUGCCUCAGAUGGUUUAGACAGCUUGGCAGGUGCACGCUGGUUUAGCACAAUGGAUCUGUCCAGUGGUUACUGGCAAGUUGAGCUAGACCCCAAGGAUAAGGAGAAAACCGCUUUCAAUACAGGCAGUGCUUUAUAUCAUUUCAAGGUAAUGCCGAUGGGUCUUACGAAUGCCCCUCCAACUUUUCAACGAUUGAUGGAGCUGGUGCUUCGUGGACUUCAUUGGAAGGUUUGUCUUGUUUACCUUGAUGAUGUACUGGUGUUCAGUCAAACUUUCAGUGAACAUCUUAACAGUCUUGAGGAGGUUUUUAGUCGUUUCCGUUCAGCAGGUCUGAAAUUGAAGGUUAACAAAUGUCAUUUUGCACGCAGUGAAGUUUCCUACUUAGGUCAUGUUGUAUCCAGCCAGGGUCUGCUACCAGAUGAAAAGAAUCUGAACAAGGUCCGGUCAUGGCCUACCCCCAGGACGGUCACAGAGGUGAGAGCGUUUGUUGGUCUAUGCUCCUAUUAUAGGAGAUUUGUCAGGAGUUUCGCUGUAGUGGCCACACCCCUUCAUGCACUGACCCAGAAAGGUGCUGUCUUCAAUUGGUCAAGUGAUUGUGAGGAGGCUUUUAGGUCACUGAAGCAGGCCCUUACUAGUCCUCCCAUUGUAGCUCACCCUAUAUUCACACAACCUUUUCUACUAUACACUGAUGCUUCUCAUGAUUGUGUAGGUUCAGUGCAUGCUCAGAUGCAGGAUGGGAAGGAACGCGUAAUUGCUUACGCCAGUCAUGCUCUCACUCCAUCAGAAAAGAGAUGGUCAACUUAUGACCGUGAACUGUGGGCUGUGGUGUGUCCUGUGCUUCCACCACUCCUCAUGAAAGGGCCCCGUUACAGUCAAUUCAUGCAGAACGACCAUUUCAAAGAAUUGCCGCUGACAUCACUGAGCUACCUGUUACUUCUCUCGGGAAUAGGCAUUGAGAAAACCCGCACCUCACCCUACCACGCCCAGUGUGAUGGUAUGGUCGAAAGACUGAAUCAAACCUUGAAAGACCAACUCGCCAAGUACAUUUGUGAAAGUGGGGGUGAAUGGGAUAAAUAUCUGCCUCAAGUGGAACUGGCAUAUAACUCCAGUAUUCAUUCUAGCACGGGGUUCUCUCCUUUUUUUCUUGCACAUGGCAGAGAACCACGGCUACCUGCAGAUAUCAUUCUGAACUAUAGUCCAGCUGUCACUUCCUAUACACCAGGCACCCCUGCAGGCUAUGCUCAUGAUGUGACCAUGCGUUUGUCUUAUGCUUUCAAAGAUGCUGCUGUGCGGUCCACUGCAGCUAAAGUUAACCAGAAAUGGCAGUAUGACAAAAAGACAUUUUUCCAUCCGCAUAAGCCAGGUGACAUUGUAUUUUUGGAUGACCCAGCUCAAAAGCAGAAUAAACUGGCUCCUAAAUGGAAAGGGCCAUACAAAAUUCUGAGGCGAAUGGACAAAGAUAACUGCCCUGGGGUAACUUAUGAAAUUACUGAUCCAAGAAAUCCACAGUCGAGAAGGUGGGUGGUUCAUCACAAUCGCCUAAAACCUUACAGGGGUCCUUGGGAGUUGCCUGCAACUCCUAGUUCAGGCUGUGAUCCUCCUGUGUUUGGUAGUGCUGAGGCCCCUUCUUUAGUUCCCCUCACUGCAUUGUCAGGUGCUUUACCCUUUCGACCCUCAACACCGCCGUAUGUGCCCAACCAAACUAUACAACAGACUACUACCAAUGCAAAGACUGAACGUUCAAAUCCAACUGCUUUGUUGACUGAACCUGAAAGUGUGCCAAGUCCCAGUGUCCCGGCCUCUAUGGCCCCGGAGAGGGCUAUAUUGCCUUCUGCAGACACACCUCAAUUAUCCCGUAGUGGCCGUGCGGUUAAAAAACCUGAAAAGUUUAAAGAUUUUGUUUGUUAA